AUGGUUGGAUUUAAGAAUAGAUACAUGUUGAUGGAGGUUUUUCUGGAUCCAGACAAGGAUCUUCUCGGUGAAAAAACUCCGAUUAUUCUUACUGAUUUCAAUCUCUCCAAAGCAAUCAAAGACAGCAUCCUCGUCAAUUUCGGCGAGUGUGGUCUCGGCUCAUCUCUGGGAUCUUUCCAUGUGCAAUAUCUGAACCCAAUCACGAAGCUUUGCAUUGUAAGAUCAUCAAGAGAGGAACACAGACAAGUUUGGUCGGCAAUGACGUUGGUCAGAAGCAUCGGAAACUGUCCGGUGGUCUUCAACUUGCUCGAUAUCAGCGGCUGCAUCAGAGCGAGUAAAGAAACAGCCUUGAAGUGCGACAAGGAGAAGUUUGAGCAAUCUCGCAAAAGCUUGUCUGAAGACGAGAUUCGGCAGAUGAACAAUUAUCUAGAUAAACUCAAAUGA